CUAGGACUCAGCAGUUGAAUUUUUAAGUGUGUUACUGAUUCAUCCUCUCUCUCUUCCUCUGUCAUCACAGGUUUAAACUUACACGAAUCGCUCUCUUGAGGAGGAGGGGACCGCCGCGCGAUUGUCACGCAUAUUCCUAUAGGCAUCCUCCUUCAGCCCCCACCCCCACGGCCGGAUUCGGGUGGCUCCUCUCCCAGCUGAAAUCCGAGAAGAAAUCCUUGGAUCUCUUGUUUUCUUAAAAAAAAAAAUCUAGAAACCGACGGUAUUUUGCUUUACUGCCUCCUUUUCGCACGAUGAAGAAGUUUUUCGACUCCAGGCGAGAGCAGGGCGGCUCUGGCCUGGGCUCCGGCUCCAGCGGAGGAGGGGGCAGCACCUCGGGCCUGGGCAGUGGCUACAUCGGAAGGGUCUUUGGCAUUGGGCGACAGCAGGUCACUGUGGACGAGGUGUUGGCGGAAGGUGGAUUUGCCAUCGUGUUUCUGGUGAGGACAAGCAACGGAAUGAAAUGUGCCUUGAAACGCAUGUUUGUCAACAAUGAGCAUGAUCUCCAGGUGUGCAAGAGAGAAAUCCAGAUAAUGAGGGACCUGUCAGGGCACAAGAACAUCGUGGGGUACAUUGACUCUAGUAUCAACAACGUGAGUAGCGGUGAUGUGUGGGAGGUGCUCAUCCUGAUGGACUUCUGCAGGGGAGGCCAGGUGGUCAAUCUGAUGAACCAGCGCCUGCAAACAGGUUUCACAGAGAACGAAGUGCUCCAGAUAUUUUGCGACACCUGUGAAGCUGUUGCCCGCCUGCAUCAGUGCAAGACUCCUAUUAUCCACCGCGACCUGAAGGUUGAAAAUAUUCUCUUGCACGACCGAGGCCACUACGUCCUGUGUGACUUUGGAAGUGCCACCAACAAAUUCCAGAAUCCGCAGACUGAAGGAGUCAACGCAGUAGAAGAUGAGAUUAAGAAAUACACAACGCUGUCCUAUCGAGCACCAGAAAUGGUCAACCUGUACAGUGGCAAAAUCAUCACUACGAAGGCAGACAUUUGGGCUCUUGGAUGUUUGUUAUAUAAGUUAUGCUACUUCACUUUGCCAUUUGGAGAGAGUCAAGUGGCAAUUUGUGAUGGAAACUUCACAAUUCCUGAUAAUUCCCGAUAUUCCCAAGAUAUGCACUGCCUAAUUCGGUAUAUGUUGGAACCGGACCCCGACAAGAGGCCAGAUAUUUACCAAGUCUCCUACUUCUCGUUUAAACUGCUCAAGAAAGAAUGCCCAAUUCCAAAUGUACAGAACUCUCCCAUUCCUACAAAGCUUCCUGAACCAGUGAAAGCCAGUGAGGCAGCUGCAAAAAAGACCCAGCCGAAGGCCAGGCUGACAGAUCCCAUUCCCACGACAGAGACUUCAAUUGCACCCCGCCAGAGGCCGAAAGCUGGGCAGACUCAGCCCAACCCAGGAAUCCUCCCCAUCCAGCCAGCCCUGACACCUCGAAAGAGGGCCACAGUUCAGCCCCCACCGCAGGCUGCAGGAUCCAGCAAUCAGCCGGGCCUUUUAGCCAGUGUUCCUCAACCCAAAGCCCAGCCCCCGCCCAGCCAACCCCUCCCGCCGUCCCAGCCCAAGCAGCCCCAGGCGCCGGCCGCCCCGCAGCAGACGCCUUCCGCUCCGGCCCAGGGUCUGCCCGCGCAGGCCCAGGCCACACCCCAGCACCAGCAGCAGCCGCCACCUGCCCAGCAGCCGGCGGGUGCAUUUUACCAGCAGCAGCAGCCCCAGGCUCAGCAGUUUCAGGCAGUACACCCAGCCGCCCAACAACCAGCGAUCACCCAGUUCCCUGUGGUGUCCCAGGGAAGCUCUCAGCAGCAGCUGAUCCAGAACUUCUACCAGCAGCAGCAGCAGCUGCUGACUCAGCAGGCUGCCUUGCAGCAGAAGACCGCAGUGGCAGCCGCACCGCAGCCCCAGGCACAGCCGGCCGCAGCCUCCCAGCCACCCCCUGCCCAGGAGCCAGUGAUUCAAGCCCCAGUAAGACAACAGCCAAAGGUUCAGACAACGCCACCUCCUGCCAUCCAGGGACAGAAACUCGGAUCUCUCACUCCUCCAUCAUCCCCCAAGGCCCAGCGUGCUGGGCACAGGCGGAUUCUCAGUGACGUGACCCACAGUGCGGUCUUUGGAGUUCCUGCCAGCAAAUCAACCCAGCUGCUCCAGGCAGCUGCAGCUGAGGCCAGUCUCAAUAAGUCCAAGUCUGCAACCACCACUCCUUCCGGCUCCCCUCGGGCCUCCCAGCAAAACAUUUAUAAUCCUUCAGAAGGUCCCACGUGGAACCCCUUUGACGAUGACAAUUUCUCCAAACUCACAGCUGAAGAACUGCUAAACAAGGACUUUGCCAAGCUGGGGGAAGGCAAACAUCCUGAGAAGCUUGGAGGCUCAGCUGAGAGUUUGAUCCCAGGCUUUCAACCAGCCCAAGGUGAUGCUUUUGCUGCUCCCUCAUUUUCUGCUGGACCUGCUGAAAAAAGGAAGGGUGGGCAGACUGUGGAUUCUAGCCUUCCUCUUCUAAGCGUAUCUGAUCCUUUCAUUCCUCUUCAAGUUCCUGAGGCACCAGAAAAACUAAUUGAGGGACUCAAAUCUCCUGACACUUCUCUUCUGCUCCCCGACCUCUUGCCUAUGGCAGAUCCUUUUGGUAGCACUUCUGAUGCUGUAAUUGAAAAAGCUGACGUGGCUGUUGAGAGUCUCAUUCCGGGACUGGAGCCCCCGGUGCCCCAGCGCCUCCCAUCUCAGACGGAAUCCGUGACCUCGAACCGCACAGAUUCUCUCACCGGGGAGGAUUCCCUGAUUGAUUGCUCUCUGCUUUCUAACCCUACUACUGACCUGCUGGAGGAGUUCGCCCCAAUAGCGAUCUCUGCUCCGGCCCAUAAAGCUGCAGAAGAUAAUAAUCUCAUCUCAGGUUUUGAUGUCCCUGAGGGCUCGGACAAGGUGGCAGAAGAUGAGUUUGACCCUAUUCCUGUAUUGAUAACCAAAAAUCCACAAGGUGGGCACUCUAGAAACAGCAGUGGGAGCUCUGAGUCCAGUCUUCCCAACCUAGCCAGGUCUCUCCUGCUGGUGGACCAGCUCAUAGACCUGUAACCGUGACCCAGUAGCAGAUGCUGUUCCGUAACCUUCCUGCCGUAAUACACGUUUUCAUUACGGAGUUAUAAGAAAAUGAUUUUUUUUUUAAUCUGCAAAUCAGGGGCCCUCUAGCCCUAACCUCCUACCCCUUGCCUUCUCCUAUAGAAAUGAUAAGGAAAGAAAAUCACUUUGGCCCUCCAGAUAGUCCUUGGCCAGUUCCUCCCUGUUAGUUUGCUGUGUUUUCUCAUUACCCUCCUUCAAUAGCAUUAGCUUAAAUUAAACGCUAGAUGCCAUGAGCUUCACCUCUGCUGGAACCAACUCCACCAAAAGCUUCACUGUCAUUGAAACUAGUGAACUGACACCUUUGUCUCAUUCUUGCUAGGAAUGGCCCUACCACAUCAAUCCUCCCCAACCCCUGUCUCCUUUGGCCAGACGCUGAAUGUGUUUCUCUGUUUUUGCUUUUUAUCCUGCUGCAUUAUCAUGAGGACAUGGCUUCUUCGGUUGGUCUAGGCAGUCCCCUGGAGAUGGGUGUGUGGUUUAAGACAGGGUAAAACUGCCCGAUGGUCUGUGUUUGAGAAGAGAAACUGAGCCCAGCUCUAGCCAACCAACUUUGACCUUGUUUGACCAUAGACUUAGCCAAGGGAUUUUCCACCCCAUGCAACCGCCCAGCAUCCGUCCAGCAUUCUGGCUUCCAUUGAACCGUGAUUUCUCAGAUCUGGAGACGUGACUGCAAGUACUUGAGAUCCUUGGAUAAAAUGUGUCCAGUAUAUAAAUCCCAAGUAUUGCCAUUCCUUUUCGUGUCACCUGUCCCAAGCCGGGAUCUCAGAAUUAGACCAAAACAAGACAAUGGUGGUAACAUGAUACCUUUUACUAGAAGACUUUUCACUGGGGGGUGGAUGGGGGAGGGGAAGGAAUUGUAGCAGAAACAGAUGUAUUUUUCUUGUGAUUUUUAUUUUGAAUCAAAUAUUGUAAAUUGUGUAUAAAUGAAGACGCUGAAUAGUUCUGUUUCCACUUGGCGUUUCAAGUCUAAUAUCAGGUGUCUGUACAGGGUUUUGAUCUCUUUCCCUCGUAUAACUAACUACACAGCCAUCCUGCGGUGUAACAUAUGGAAUCAUUUUGAGUAGACGUGUGUGUUGCUCUAAGCUUUCAGCAGGUCCUCUGUCUUUGUAGAAUAAGCAUGUUGUUUAUUUUCAGAUAAUCAGAAAUAAGUAUACUGGCAAGCUAGGCACCAUUUGACUCUGGCUACUUACCUUUCUUUCUCUCUAAUGUUUAAAUUGAAGGAUGCAGCCAAUGAAAUACGUUCAGUUGGUUUUCCUUGGCUUCCUAGAUGAAAAACAAAACAAAGCGUAGUUCCUCACUAACCUUAGAAUAUUGUUCGUAAAAUAAAUAAAGGCCCCUUCACUGACGUGACAACAUGCCUCAUGGUUACCCUCUGUAUAUGUCCUUACUCACUGAAGUAUAUAUAUUUUUUCCAUACGUGCAAAGUUGUUUUAUAAAGCCGCCCUUUUGAAAAAGAGGUGGGCACAGAGAACCCAUUUGGGUCUCUUCCUCGAGUGGCAUUUUCCAUGAUCAGAAGGGAAACUCUUAGUUGAUCAGAUGUGUCCCAAUAAAAGUCCAGGUCCAUUUGCUUAUUUCCCUAUCUGGUACUUGUGUUUCUUCUUCCUCACGUUUGCACUUUAAGGGGG